AUUAGUUUCCACUCUUUGGACAAUUUAUGUACUCAAUAUUGCAAUUAUUCACACUGAACUCUUUUUGUCAGUACACUGCAGUUAUUUUCGGUGCAUUGAACUGACUGUUAUUUCAGAGUAAAGAAUAUCAAUUCAAGUUGUGCUUGCAGCCACCAUGGCUUUCAUUUAAGGUGGAUUAGGGUUCAUCCAAAUUCCUAUGGGUUUAGUGGGUAAAAAAACACAACAACAAAAUGCCUGGGUUAGACCCUGCGAGUGAUCCCAGCUAAUGACCUUGAAAGUAAUUCAGAUCUUUUCAAUGAGUUCUCCUCCAGAGGAACAGAGAAGGAUACAUUAUGCAUGCAAUCUAUUAUUAAUGGUCUUGAGUCAUGUUACGAUCAGACAUGGGCCCUGAGAAAAUAUGUGAAAAGAGGGAGCCUGAUCCUCUGGGGGACUGGUCCUCUAAACAUGGAUAUAUAAAAUCAGCUCCCUCUAUAUGAUGUGAUUUAUUAUUAACUGCAAUUUAUGUCUUUGCUUAAUAACAUUUGUCAGGAUUUAAACUAUUUCAAAGUUUUGGGACAUUUCCCACAAUUAGGCUGUAAAGAAAUCAACAAGCACUCUACUUAAUGUUUACAUCGCUUUCCUAUUACUAAGCCUGAUCAUGGGUUAGCCUACAUUAAUGACUUCUUAUUGAUCCUCCAAAGUAAACCAAUUAAAACUCUUUGCUGCUUCAUCCCGAGAGUCCAUUGGCUGACAGCUGUUCUCGGUUCUCCACGGCCCGCCUCCAUCUGUCAGGCACUGCGCUGCUACAGCACUGUGUGACUGUUGAUGCACUGUAGUGAGAUACUACUCUUUAACUUUAUACAGCAGCCUUGGGAGACUUUUCCCAAAAAGAAUAAUAUCUGUCAGCGGAGCUCUUGCAUUACGCGCGCGUAUCCAAACCUCCAUCGUCUUAAAUAUUUCCCUCCACUUUCCCAAGACCCUCUUUUGCAGUAUGAAGUGCAGUUAUGGCAAGGAGUAGCAAGACAGUAGCGAGGACCCUGGAGGAUUUGACGCUAGACUCGGGUUAUGGUGGAGCCGCGGACUCCUUCAGAUCUUCCAGUGCGUCGCUGUGCUGCUCAGAGGCACAUGGGGGGAAUCACUGGCAUUUAACCGACUCGAUGCACAGUCGACACAACAGUCUGGACACUGUUAACACGGUCCUGGUCGAGGACGCCGAGAUCCUGGAGAGCACCGGGCAGUGCGCUAAACUACCCGAGCUUGAGGAUGUGCCGUGGAGCCUCGGGGAAGUGGCGAGCGCACUGAGCAGGGACGAGGAGAUGAGCCUGCCGACCCCCCCGCAGGACGUCCUGCUCAGGCUCUCGGUGCUGGUCAGCCGGGCCCUGGUUAGGGUCGCCAAGGAGGCGCAGCGCCUGAGUCUGCGCUACGCCAAAUGCACCAAAUAUGAGAUCCAAAGUGCCAUAAAGAUGGUCCUGUCGUGGACCGUCUCGAUGAACUGCAUCAGCGCGGCCCUCAGUGCCUUGUCCCUGUACAACAUGAGCACGGAGGAGGACAAGUUCGGCCGCGGUAAGUCGGUGCGCUGCGGACUCAUCUUCAACGUGGGGAAGUUCUUCAGGUGGAUGGUCGAGAGCAGGGUUGCGGUCAGGAUCCACGAGCACGCCGCGAUCUACCUGGCUGCGUGCAUGGAGAGCCUCUUCCGCGAGGUGUACGCUCGGGUGCUGCGCAGUGCGCUAUUGGAGCGGGAUAACGGGAUCCCCAAGUUCACUGUGGAGACCCUGGACCAGGCCGUCAACGGUGAUGCAGAGAUAUGGGGGUCUCUGUUGUCCUGGCAACACCUGAUAUGUGGAAAGAAUGCGAGCGGUGUGCUCAGUCUACCUGAGGGUCUGACUCUCUACAGGGAACAGCAGCAGCAGCAGCAGCAGCAGCAGCAGCGAGCAGGGAAGAGCGGAGAGGGAAACGCCUACAGUCAGUCUGAUCUGCGCUCCGUUGAACAGUGUUUACUUGCUACAAGAGUGGGCAGCAUCUCUGAACUCAGUGACCUGGUGUCUCGGGCCAUGCACCACCUACAGCCGCUGUAUAUGAAGAACCACAACAACGGGACGCCAAUCCACCAGAAGAGCAGUGUAAUUCACUGGGAACCAGAGGCGAUCUACACACUAUGUUACUUCAUGCAUUGCCCUCAGAUGGAGUGGGAGAACCCAAAUGUUGAACCCUCCAAGGUGACCUUACAUACAGAGAGGCCAUUCAUGGUGCUGCCGCCUCUGAUGGAGUGGGUGCGCGUGGCUGUGGUUCACACCGAACACAGACGCAGCUUCUCUGUGGACAGCGAUGAUGUCCGGCAGGCUGCCAGACUGCUUCUGCCUGGAGUGGACUGCGAGCCCCGUCAGCUCCGAACGGAUGACUGCUUCUGUGCCUCGAGGAAACUGGAUGCCGCCUCUACUGAAGCAAAGUUCCUGCAGGAUCUGGGCUUCCGUAUGCUCAGCUGUGGACGCACAGACCUGGUGAAGCAGGCUGUCAACCUGCUGGGGCCCGAUGGUAUCAACAGCAUGAGUGAGCAGGGGAUGACCCCGCUGAUGUAUGCUUGUGUCCGUGGAGACGAGGCCAUGGUACAGAUGCUGCUGGACGCUGGAGCUGAUAUUAACAGUGAGGUGCCAAACUCAGUGCAUAAGCAACCCUCAGUCUUUCCCGAAACGCGGCAGGCGACGCCUCUCACUUUCGCUGUGUUACACGGACAUGUGCCUGUGGUGCAGCUGCUGCUGGAUGCCAAAGCCAAUGUGGAGGGUUCCCUGCAGGAUGGGAUGGAGAACUACACAGAAACCCCACUGCAGCUGGCUGCUGCUGCAGGUAACUUUGAGUUGGUGAGUUUGCUGCUGGAGCGGGGGGCCGACCCCAUGGUGGGAACCAUGUACCGUAAUGGCAUCUCCACCGCCCCGCAGGGAGAUAUGAACUCCUACAGUCUGGCAGCAGCUCACGGGCAUCGAAAUGUGUUUCGCAAGCUGCUGUCACAUACAGAGAAGGGGAAAGGAGACGUGUUGUCCCUGGAAGAGAUUCUGGCAGAGGGUUCGGAGCUGGAAGGCAGAACUCCGUCUCAGAUUGACCUGAUCCGAACCGGGAAGGCCAAACUUAAAGCCCUGAAAGAAGCCAUGUACCACAGUUCAGAACAUGGGCAUGUAGACAUCACCAUAGACAUACGGAGCCUUGGGGUCCCAUGGACUUUGCACACUUGGAUGGAGUCUCUGCGCACAUGUUUCCAUCAGCACCGCCGACCUCUGAUCCAGGGUCUUCUGAAAGAGUUUAGCUGCAUCGAGGAAGAGGAGUACACCGAGGAGCUCAUCACUCAUGGUCUGCCUCUCAUGUUCCAGAUCCUCAGAGCCAGCAAGAACGAGGUGAUCAGCCAGCAGCUGUCUGCAAUCUUCACCCAGUGUUACGGCCCUUACCCGAUCCCCAAACUGGCAGAGAUCAAGAGGAAGCAGACAUCACGCCUGGAUCCUCACUUCCUGAACAAUAAGGAGAUGUCAGACGUGACCUUUUUGGUGGAGGGGAAGCCUUUUUAUGCCCACAAAGUCCUGCUCUUCACAGCUUCCAACAGGUUUAAAAUUCUUCUAGCAAACAGACCAUGUGGUGAAAACACAUGCAUUGAAAUCAGCAAUGUCAAAUACCAUAUUUUUCAGCUGGUGAUGCAGUAUCUCUACUUUGGAGGGACAGAUGCUCUGCACAUCAGGAACACUGAUGUCAUGGAGCUUCUGUCUGCAGCCAAGUUCUUCCAGCUGGAGGCGCUGCAGAGGCACUGUGAGAUUAUCUGCUCCAAGAACAUAAACACUGAAACAUGUGUGGAGAUCUACAACCACACCAAGUUUCUUGAUGCUCCAGACUUGGCGUCUUAUAUAGAAGGCUACUUCCUAAAGAACAUGGUAAUCCUGAUCGAGUUGGAGCCGUUCAAACAGCUGUUGUAUGACGCACCUCCAGAUAGCCCCGGCUGUGACAUCCUGCAGGACCUGGAGAAAACUCUGGCCGUUCGCAUCCAGUCAAUCCACCUGUCUUCCUCCAAGGGAUCCAUCGUCUGAUCUCCUGACACAUCAGACAUAUGACACUGUACUGAGAUGUAUCUGAGUCAUGGAUCAUUUCAACAGAAAGAGAAAAAUAAGACUCGUAGGACUGUCCAGUUUCAAAUUUUGUCUCUGUAACUCAUCAGUUGCUAAUAUGCUUGUUGUUAUCUUAGCAAAGAUGGUUACAAGUCUGUCUGUCUGCCUUGUUGAUAUCUGUCAACUAUGAAUUACAGUAACAAUGACUGUCAUAGGAUAACUGUAUUAUGCCACAACUUGCCAAUAACAUAACAUUACUGUAACAAUGUCCCUCAUUCAGCAAGAAUUUCUCAGCCAAGUAGUACACUCUACGUGUUACAUGUUGUUGCACUGAAUGGAGCUGAGGAGGAAGAACUGCAACAAGAGAGCAUGUAAAUACACGGUUCAGUGUGUUGAGACGAUAACCAACCUCAGUGUAACGUGAUAAGCCAUCAGUGUGUCCCCUCCUGGCUGAAGAACUGCUGCCUCAUGUUGUGAUUAUUUGCUUAGACAUGUCAACCUGUACAGAGUAAUUAAUUUGUAUAUUUGUCAGUCAUUUAGCGUUAUCUGUACUGAUUACUCUUUAAAGCCAAACAGGACAAACAAUUGACAAUUACCUGUAAUGUGACUGAUGCAAAUGAGGGACUUUCAUGAUGUGACUUUGGGCAACUAGGUUGGAAAAAGUAUUUUUCCUUCCUCCACUACUGUGUAAAUAUUGUUCAUAAAAAACAGAGCUAUUGAUAAUGUAACUUAAUGUAUAUAUCCACUGAUGUUUUCUCAUGUGUCUUACUGUUGGAUAUCGCUGUAAAAACAAAAAGCUCAUGUUUUAAAUAUCUAUGUUUAAAUCUUGCAUGUCAGAGGGAUGAAUGUGUUUUUCUGUUGGAGGAUAACAUCGAGGAACUGCUUUCACACUUAUACGACUGAAAGUUUGGCGAGAAUAUUUUCUCCGUCAUCAGCAUGGGUCUCUAAAUGUGUAACAGUCAAAUGGUGUCGUCAUUUCCUGUGUGAGAGGCUCCAGGCCUGAACUGAAACCACAUGACUUGUAUGUGUGUGACUUGAUAUAUCUUUCAUCUAUAAAGAUUAAUAUAAAGAAUACUAUGAAUCUGCUCUUAGAUUCUUCUGGUGCAGUCUCUGGCUCAAAAACUCCCAAAACAACCGCAAGGGGACAUCCAUUAUUCUGUUUGGUGUAAAGUUCGAAGGCUGUCCUGUUAUUAUUUUGUUCUCUGCAGCCCAGAAGGUUAAAGCCAAACUAGGAGGUGGUUUAAUUUGGCACCGAAACGCACACAAGACUAUGCAGUCUCAGAUAAAUAACCUUAAAUAAAUGACGGAAAAGAAAGAAAAAGAA